AUGGCUGACGAGGAUGGCGAUGUCGUCUCGGACGUGCGACUGGCGAAUGCCCUCAAGGCGAGACUUUUGCUCAUGGUUGGCGGCGUCCUAGGUCUUCAUCGUCUCUAUCUUGAACAAAUACCUGAAGCAUUCAUCUACAUCUCGACCGGCGGAGUAUUUCUAUUGGGAGUUUUGUACGAUAGCUUCACCUUAGGCAAACAAGUUCAGUUCUACAAUAUGCUGAAAUUAGGCGAGGGAGAAGAGAUGAAGAAAUACAAGAAUGGAAAGCUGAUGACGAACCUGUCUCGCGUAGUGCCUUUUUCACUUCAGAGAUUUGCUGCAUCUGUUGCUUAUGCCAUGUGGCUUGGUUUCCUUUGUUGGACGGCCGGCAGUGUGACGUUCGGUAAAUCAACGCGUGACAGCCAUCUCAUGGUGUCAGCUUUGGCAGCGGCAGUGACGGCUGGUGUCUACAUAAUCGGGAAUUGCGGCAGAGAAUGCAGAGAUCUUGUGUAUAUGUGGCUGGGAAGCUUUUCAACCACUUUCAUUCAUGCGCCUGUCGUUACAACCAGCGUUCACGGGGAGACGAAAUGCGAAUUUCAGUUGCGUUUCAUCGAAGAUAACUUCUUGCGAUCUUUACUAUUUGCUGCCGUCGUUGCUACGUGGCUUGGCAACAGAACAGCGCGGACGAGGAGUUCCUUGCAUCGACCUUUCACGUGGAAACAUCUCUUGUUCUGGACCUCCUUGUUCGGUCUCCUACUUGGAGUCAUUGCUGUUGGUGCUACACGUCACAUCUUCCACAGACGUGUCUCAGCCACUGUCCGAGGAGAGUCCACCGUGACGACAUCAGUUGGUGCGCUCUUCUAUGACCGGUUCAUGGACCAGCAGCGUGCUCACAAGUUCUUCGAGGGUGAUCCUGCAUUGUCGUUUGGCUCUUCAGCGUCAGAUUCGGCAAAGGUGAUGACGAAAUUCUGA